UUUUUGUCAAGUAAUUACUUCGGGAGAUGCCUUCUGGGGUUGGUAGCUUCUUCUCCGAACUGCCAUAAAAAAGCCACGAACUCGUUGCAAGUCAACUCGGCAGGCUUGAACUAUAAUCUUAAUUUUAGUCUGUUAGGCGGCUUUUGAAAUGGAUUUGGAAUGGCUGGGGGAGUUUUUGAAGGGGAUGGUGAAGCCCUUGGCUGCCACGGUGGUGGUGCUCAUGGCGGUGGUCUUGUCGUUUAUGCAGAAGCUUGGACUGGAGGGUGAGAUGGUUUAUUCGAUUAUCAGGGCCUUUCUUCAGCUGUCUGUAAUUGGGUUUGUUCUUCAGUUUAUUUUUAACCAGGAAAACACUGGCUGGAUCCUUCUUGCCUAUCUCUUCAUGGUAUGUGUUGCUGGAUACACAGCCGGUCAACGAGCCAAGCACGUCCCUUGUGGAAAGUAUGUAGCUGGAGCUUCAAUCCUGGCUGGAACAGCAGUGACGAUGUUCCUGCUUGUUAUUUUAAACGUUUUCCCUUUCACUCCACGAUACAUCAUCCCUGUCGCUGGGAUGAUGGUUGGAAAUGCCAUGACUGUAACUGGGGUUACCAUGAAAAGACUUCGAGAUGACAUCAAGAUUCAAAUGAAUCUGGUGGAGACAGCAUUGGCCCUUGGCGCAACACCUCGGCAAGCAACUCUUCAGCCGGUGAGAAGGGCUUUGGUUAUUGCUCUUUCUCCAGUACUGGACAAUGCCAAAACGGUGGGACUAAUAUCUCUUCCAGGGGCAAUGACCGGGCUUAUAAUGGGAGGAGCUUCUCCCCUAGAGGCCAUUCAGUUACAGAUUGUGGUAAUGAACAUGCUUAUAGGUGCAUCAACUGUAAGCAGCAUCAUGUCGACAUACCUUUCAUGGCCUGCUUUCUUUACUAAAGCUUGUCAAUUGGAAACCAAGGUAUUCUCUUUGGAUUGAAACAUUGAAUCGAAAUUUGAGGCUCUGUUGAUGUGAACAGUGAGCAUAUACCGUAUUGAUGGAAAUGUAUAAAAUGUGUUUCUGGGUUACUCUGCUUCCCCAACAAGGCCAAGGCUUGUGAAAGUUCCUAGAAAAUUUUGAGAAACUAAUAGCAAAAUACUAUCAA